AAAAGCAAGCGAGGCGGGCGUAAGGUUAAAGCCUUUCCUCAGGAGAGAAGAUGGAUUUCCAACACCACGGAUACCGGGCAGCAAAACCCAGAGCCAGAGCAUCUCCACCUACUGGGGGCCCACUUCUUUUUGAUGACACCAGUUCUGUGCCUCCACCCAUGAUUAAUCAGAACUACUAUAGUUCAGGUUAUGACAUGGCUGGAGCACCAGCAGAAGGUCAAGCACCUGGAGUGAGCAAUCUCUUUGCCGAUCCAAUGGCCAAUGCUGCCAUGAUGUAUGGAUCAUCACUUGCCAAUCAAAGCAAGGAUAUCGUGAACAAAGAGAUUAGCCGAUUCAUGUCGGUGAACAAACUGAAGUAUUUCUUCGCAGUUGAUUCCAAAUAUGUUGUGAAGAAACUGAUGAUUCUCAUGUUCCCAUACACACAUCAGGAUUGGGAAGUACGUUACCACAGAGACACUCCUCUCACACCACGCCAUGAUGUCAAUGCUCCAGACCUUUACAUACCAACAAUGGCUUUUAUCACCUAUAUUUUACUGGCUGGAAUGGCUUUAGGAAUUCAGAAACGGUUCAGUCCAGAGGUUCUGGGUUUGUGUGCCAGCACAGCUCUAAUUUGGAUGAUCAUUGAGGUUCUUGCCAUGUUGCUCAGUCUUUACUUGCUCACAGUUCACACAGACCUCUCAACAUUUGACCUUAUCGCCUACAGUGGAUACAAAUAUGUGGGGAUGAUUUUCACAGUGUUGUGUGGGUUGCUCUUUGGCAGUGAUGGCUACUUCGUUGCUUUUGCAUGGUCAUCUCUCGCCCUCAUGUUUUUUAUUGUUCGUUCUCUAAAAAUUAAGAUCUUGUCUUCGAUCUCGACAGACUCCAUGGGUGCAGGAGCGAGUGCCAAGCCCCGCCUUCGCUUGUACGUUACUGUGGCUUCUGCAUUCUUUCAGCCAAUCAUCAUUUACUGGCUUACCUCUCAUUUGGUCAGAUGACCUAUAGUGUAUAUAUACGAAGGAAAAGAACUUUUAAAAUGACAUGUAAUGCAAUGCUAGCCCAAGGUGGCUGCAACCCUUGAAAUUUUGUCAUUGGUACAGAAAAAAGUGACUUACACAUGAGAUCAUGUUUGGCGUGGAGGACUUCAGUGUUCUGUAUAAAAAAUAAAAAUAAAUCUCUUGAAUGAUGGCUCUCUCUGCAUAGUCACCUGCAGAUCAAAUGGUGAAUAUAAAUCAAACCUUUUACAGGAUUGUUUUUUCUGCCUAAAUUGGAAAAUAACAGGCAGCUCAUUUGACUUCUCUUGUGACUUCGCCAUGCUGCUUUAGUGGCACAAAAUCCAGACUCCGUUUUAAGAGGCAUGCUAAUUUGUCUGCCCUGUGAUGUGAUUCUUUUGUGGUGUAUAAUUGAUGAACACAUGAUCAACUCAAGUGUCCUUUUCUGGUUAUCUGUGCAUGAACAGCAGUGUUUUUGUCUUUAUAACUAAAUAAAUUCCAUAAUUUAGAAUUUUGUGGUGC